AUGGCCUUCCAUGGCUCUGGCGCGGAAGAGCACUCGAGAGAGCAGGAAGUGGAGCACGUCCACUCCUCCCCGCUGACGCCGUCCGCAGAGACUGUACAUAUUGCCCGGCGGGCCUUCUCCGAAGAUCUCCAUGGCACCUUCUUCUCCAGGUGGCUACAGAGCCGAGCUGCGGGCUUGGGCGGCCUGCCCGGGCUUCUGCCGCUCCGGACGUCGGAGUUUACGUGCAAGAUUUGCUUGAUGCAGUGCGACGACAGGGUGAGGACGACUUUGUCGCAAUGCGCUGCGCCGCAGGCUCAUGCUGUGUGCCGGGAAUGCUUGCGCUGUUACCUCCAAGGUCGGAUUGAGGAGAGGCGCGUCAAAGAUCUCCGAUGCCCUCUGUUUGGUAGUGAUUGCUGCCAAGCUGUUGCACAGGAGCACGAGCUGUCCUCCAUCCUUCCAGAGGAGGUCUUCCAGAAGUAUCUCCGCUUUGUGGCCAUGGUCGAGGAUGCGACCCUUCGGGAGUGCCCUGAGUGCGGUGAGCUCGUGAAGCCACGGAUGAUGGGCGCAGGUGCAGAGGCAGACCUUGAAGCAAACGGUGCGGACGAGGUGUUGGCACUGAAUCCGGAGAUGCUUUGCAGCCAAGGGCAUGUCUUCUGCUACUACCACUCCAAUGCGCAUCCACCAGGCCAGGGAGCUUGCGAGGCAUAUGCGCGGGAGGAGGCUCGGGAGGCCAAGCUGGCGAUGGAAGCUCAGGGUGCCAAAGAGUGCCCCCAUUGCAAGGCUCAUACGCUGAAAGCGGAUGGAUGCAACCACAUGGUUUGCUUCGCAUGCCAGAGCCAUUGGUGUUGGACCUGCGGAAAGCUUCUGGACGGACGCCUUAGCUUAGGCUGGCACUACAACCCGGCAAAUCCUGCAGGCUGCUUGCAGUUCUCGGCUUUGGAAAGCAAGGACAUGUCCUCCAAUCUGACCCUCCUCGCACGCCUCUUCGCGCUGCCUGGGACGGUCCUCGGGUUCUUGGUUUUCUGGUGCACGCUGCCGCUCUGGUUCUUAUGCGGCUUGGGACUCAUUGUCACCGUUGUUGCGCUGGUGGCAGUGAGCUGCGUAUGGUGUCCAAUAGCGGCACCAUGCGUCUGCGGCUUGAGCUGCUGUGGUCUCAGUGAUACGCAGGCAGAGCUCAUCAUGUGCGCUCCUUGCCAGUCCUGUUGGGCAUCUGUUGAAUGUUUAUUUGGCGGAAUGGAGUGA